AGAAUGCUGAUGAGAUCAUAUAAACCAGGGACAAGUGAAAUGGUGACCUCAACAGAUGAGGCUGAGAUCUUUGGGACCACAUCCUUCAACUAUGACACAGGACUGCCGUGUGAAAAACUCAAUAUCAAAGUGCUGGGGACCCAGUUUUUGCCCCCGCUGUAUGCCCUGGUGUUCAUCAUUGGUCUCCUGGGCAAUGUGGUGGUGGUGGUGAUCCUUACAAAAUACAGAAGGCUCCGAAUUAUGACCAACAUCUACCUGCUCAACUUGGCCAUUUCCGACUUGCUCUUCCUCUUCACUCUCCCGUUCUGGAUUCACAGCCUCACGUGGGAUGAGUGGGUUUUUGGUCAUUGCAUGUGUAAGCUCUUGAUGGGGCUUUAUUACCUGGGCUUGUACAGUGAGAUCUUUUUCAUCAUCCUGCUGACCAUUGACAGGUACCUGGCGAUCGUCCACGCUGUGUUUGCCCUUCGAACCCGGACUGUCACUUUUGGUAUCAUAACCAGUGUCAUCACCUGGGGCUUGGCAGGGCUAGCAGCACUUCCUGAAUUUAUCUUCCACGAAGUCCCAGAGGAGUAUGACAGUUCUGAAUGCAAUCCCGCUUACCCAGAGGAUGAACAAGACAGCUGGAAAAAUUUCCACGCCCUGAGAAUGAACAUCUUGGGCCUUGCUCUCCCCCUGCUCAUCAUGGUUGUCUGCUACUCAGGAAUCAUCAAAACGCUGCUGAGAUGCCGUAAUAAAAAAAAGUACAAGGCCAUCAGGCUCAUUUUUGUUAUCAUGGUGGUCUUUUUCAUUUUCUGGACACCCUACAACCUGGUUCUCCUUCUGUCUGCUUUCCAAAUUACGUUCUUUGGGAACAGCUGUGACCGGAGCAAAGAUCUGGACAUGGCCAAGCAGGUUACAGAGGUGAUCGCCUACACACACUGCUGCGUCAACCCAGUGAUCUAUGCCUUCGUGGGUGAAAGGUUCCAGAAGCACCUGCGCCACUUUUUCCAAAAACAUGUGGCCAUGCACCUGAGCAGAUACAUCCCAUUUCUUCCUGGUGAGAAACUGGAAAGAGCCAGCUCUAUCUCGCCAUCCACAGGGGAGCCAGAACUGUCUGUUGUGUUUUAG